AUGGCAAAGCGUCUAUCAGAUACGCCCGUCACUCUGCACAAGCCUUGGGGAUAUCUGAAGCAGUCCUCCCCAAGCUUUCCACACCUGACGCUUGGCGGUGUUCAAUCAAGUGCCCAUUCAUCACGAAAAACGGGUCAGGCAUACAUUGAGCCGAAAUCCUCGAGCCUCAGGUCUUGGCCGGACGAUGUGGAAGACCUUGCGACUGUAGACGGGGACUACAGGGGGUGCCUUAUAGUAUCUGACACUAAUGUCGACGGACGAAGAGUCUCAAAGAGACACUGCCUUUUAUUUCCCAUUCGCAAGGACGGUCAUAUCGUCGUCAUCCUGCAGAACGUGUCCACCAACGGCUUCCUUAUCAAACUCAAUGGCGAAUGGCUCGGGUUCCCUACAAUGCGACAGCUCGAUGAUGGAGACGUCAUUACUGUAUCUUCUGACAUUCGGCUCCGGUUCUCAGCAGGACAAAAUCCCCCUUACACUUUUAGGAAAAGAUAUUCUCGCCUCGAUCUGUUAGGAAAAGGCCAUUUCGCAAGAGUUCGCCGGUGCCGCUCAGGUGGGCGCGACUUUGCAGCCAGAUUUCUAAGGACCCGUCAAGAUACGCCGCUGGACGAAAAGGCGAACCUAAUACUCUUGGGAAUCCAACAUCCGAAUAUAGUGGCGAUUCGAGAAGUAUUUCACGAAGGUGACCGGAUGAUUUAUGUCAUGGAACUUAUGGGAGGGAACUCGCUGUUCAACCUCCUCACGUCAAAGCAGAUGUUAGCGGAGACGGAAGGUCGCACGAUAUUUCGACAAGUUUUCAGUGCUAUCCAAUUUCUUCAUUCACGCAAUAUCGUGCAUCGAGACAUCAAACCCGAAAGUAUCCUCAUGGCUAGUACGACCGGUCUUCAGGCAAAACUUGGCUGCUUCAACUUUGCCACGUAUAUGUCUCCUGGCAGUAACCUCGAGACGUUAUGCGGAGACCCGAGAUUCCUAGCUCCCGAGAUGCUUCGAGAUUCGAAGCAUCGGCGCUACGGCAACGCAGUGGACAUAUGGUCCAUGGGAGUCACUAUGUACAUUUGCCUCUGUGGCUUCGCCCCGUUCUCUGACGAACUUUACUCAAAAGAUUUUCCCUAUACAUUGGAACGGCAAAUUGAGGAAAGCAAAUUUUACUAUCCGUCACCGUAUUGGGACUCAGCCAGCGACCCAGUCCUUGAUCUAAUUGAUUGUAUGCUUUGCGUUGACGCGAAGAAAAGACUCACAAUAGAACAAUGCUUGGCGCAUCCUUGGCUUGUGUCCGACGAUGAUUCCUUUGCUUUCGAGACACCCCUCGAACAUUUCGCCGAUUCCAAGCUUCGACCCCCUCCGGCGCCCCUGCUGAGAAACAUCUCGAUCCCCGACAGGUCACUGGAACCAAAAUUUAUGGAGAUGGCAGCAGAGUUUAAGGAGAUAGCAGCAGAGUUCCUGGAGAAUCAUCGCCCCAGAAAGGGGCUCUCUAUUCGUGAGGCUUCGGACGCGUUCGCUGAGAACAACAGGAUUUCGGGUAUCAAUACAGAAUACGACGAGAACAUUUACACAAUCGCCAUUGACAAGAACCACCCCCAGUACCGGAAGCGGUUGGCUACUGCGGAAAAGAAGGCCAGAGAAAUUGAGCGCGCUGCGCAUACCGCCGUCCAAGUUGCCGAAGAGACGCAUGCUGAAUCAUCCGCAAAACUAGAUGAGCUGCCCGAAGAGGUUCAGGAUGACUUGAUAUUCAAUGAUAUGGGUGUUCAGGGCUCCAGUUGGACUUUCACGGAAGGGGAAACAACCUCCGAGCACGAGAUACCGUUGAAGAUUGAUGGGCACCCCGUUGUCAUCCCAAUUCGCUAUUACUAUCCCCUGAUGGCCAUCUCGUCGCCACCACCAGAUCCACAUCCCCGGAUCAUUUCACCUCUUGACCCGCUGCCAGACGACACGAUUUCAGAGAUAUUCGUGACCUUCACAGAAGCUGUCGGAUUCUAUCUCCUGGUCAAUGGUUAUCUGCAAAUCAUUGUCCCCGAAGACUUUGACUACGAGAGCAGCAUUUCAAGCCUGCCGGAUGAGUUUGGUGGUCUGAAAGUUAGCUUCAUUCCUCAAUCUCUCUAUCCAACUGCAGGUGAGCCGGUGGCAACGGCAACACCCUCUUCCACUACACAGUCUGGUUCCGGCAUGACCGGUGGAAGUUCAACAACAGCGACAGAAGAACCGUCAAAUCAACCUCCAGCAACGAGAAACCUGCCAAUCAGAAGAUCAACGUCAACGAUCCCGGAAGAUACCGCUAAUCAGGGGAUAACUGCCAAUUUCAAGGGUUCCCUAGGCAGUACUAUUCGAGCUGUGGUGAAGGGCGGCAAAUCUAAGACUCUGUUCGAGGGAAAGAUCGGUGUUUUGGUUACUCCAGUCGCAGGCGAUAACAGGAAAUUCGCGACCGUACCGACGCAUGUCUUUACAAGUGCAUGCAACGUCUCAAAGAUGAGCUCGACGGAAAUCGCAGACUGGAUUGACAUGGUGAGCGUUCAAUCUACAAGUACCUCGACCGAUUUAGGAAAUUUAGUGCAGGUUUUUGAUCCUUGCCCUCAAUCCUUUCCCAUCGGAUUUACCUCCGAUGUUAGCCUUAUCGAUGUUAGCCAGAUUCCAGCUACACGGGUUCGCUCCACCGCAAAGGGUGGACUUCCAAUAAUGCAGUGGUUGGAUCAAGAUAGCUGGAAGACGAUCCAAUACAACUCCAGCAACCUAUUUCUCCUAGAUGGCGAGCCUAGAGAGGCAAAAAGCAUCGGUAUUGUAGACAGUCGUUGCCAGCGUUCUUGCUAA